UCCUUGAGCUUCAUACCCGUAUAUCCUAGUGUGACUCUAGGAUCUUCUGCAGGCAACUUAAUCUAAUGGCGUUUCAGUCUGAAAUCAUCUCUUCUUCGCUUACCAUUUAUCCCUAAAUUAUGUCUCCAGUGUAUUCCUCAUUUUGGGUAAUGAGUAUUUCCAAAUUAGAAACCUUCACUCCCUUGUUAUUCCCCAAAUGCAGUCAGCAAUAAGUCUACCUUCACAAUUUCUCCUGGCUCUUUUUCCUCUCCAUCCUCUUUCUUCAGGCCUCGUCCCUCUCCCGAAUUUCUUCUCUUUCUCUUCUACUGAUAUCCUACAUGACCAUAAAAGUUGUUUUACAAAAGAAUAUCAGACCCUCCAGUAGUGUUGUGCAGGUUGUGUAUUGCACAAAGGUGCUGCAUUCACACUUUAGAAAUUGUAGGUUUGUAUAUUUAUUAUGACUAUCUUCUGGCAGAUGGCAGUAAAAUGUGUUGUUCUAACAUCAGUAUGUUUUGACAGUUAAGGAAUGGAAACCUUGAUGCCUAUGGAGAACAUCCUCUGUUCUUAUGUCCUUAGCUCUCUGCCAGGCAAGCUUCUCACCCUUUAAAACUGAGCGUGAAUAUCCCUUCCUCGUGAAGCCUUUUUUGAUGCUCCCUACAAGAGUUAGUCUUUCCUUUCCCUGGGCUAAGGCCAUAUUUGGCUACUCCCUUCUUAUAGUAGAUAUUACAUUAUGUUGUAAUAAUUGAUAUAUGAGUCUGCCCCAUUGUACUCCAGGCCCCUGAAGGCUAGGGACAAUGUUUCAUCAUUCUUUGAUCCUCAGCAGGUAGCUUAAUGUCCAGCACAUAGAGUAUAUCAAUAAACAUAACAUAUAUUUGAUUACAUAGCAUGACUGAGGCACAGAAGUAAAUACUUUACCCAUAUUGUUUUAUUUAAUCCUCACAACACCUUCAUGAGUCCUGUCAUUAUCACAUUUUACAGGUGAGGAAAUUGAGACUAGGGAGGUGAAGUCACUUGCCUCAAGAUGAACAGCUGGCUAAUGAUGCGGGUGUGCUGGUUGGUGAGACAGGACAAUCGGCACCAGCGAAUCAAACUUCCACAUUUGGAAGCAGUCAUGGUUGGGCGCAGCCCCGAGACCAAGAUCACUGACAAGAAAUGUUCUCGACAGCAAGUGCAGUUGAAAGCGGAGUGUAACAAAGGAUAUGUCAAGGUAAAGCAGGUAGGGGUCAAUCCCACCAGCAUUGACUCACUCAUAAUUGGGAAAGACCAAGAGGUGAAGCUGCAGCCUGGCCAGGUCCUCCACCUGGUGAAUGAACUUUAUCCAUAUAUCAUAGAGUUUGAGGAAGAGACAAAGAACCCUGGCCUGGAAACACACAGGAAGAGAAAGAGGUCAGGCAACAGUGAUUCUGUAGAAAGGGAUGCUGCCCAGGAAGCUGAGCCCAGUACAAGACUAGAACCUGGGAACAACUCUAGCCAGUGCUCUGUGCCCCCAAAGAAGGAGAAAGAUGCAUCCACCAAAAAGGAAUCAUUGGGCCACUGGAGUCAAGGCUUGAAGAUUUCAAUGGAGGACCCCAAAAUGCAGGUUUACAAAGAUGAGCAGGUGGUGGUGAUUAAGGAUAAAUACCCCAAGGCUCGUCACCACUGGCUGGUCUUACCAUGGGCCUCCGUUUCCAGUCUGAAGGCUGUGACCAGAGAACACCUUGAGCUCCUCAGACACAUGCACACUGUGGGGGAAAAAGUGAUUGCAGACUUUGCUGGGUCUAGCAAACUCCGCUUCCGAUUGGGCUACCAUGCCAUUCCCAGCAUGAGCCAUGUACACCUUCAUGUGAUCAGCCAGGAUUUUGAUUCUCCUUGCCUUAAAAACAAAAAACACUGGAAUUCUUUCAAUACCGAAUACUUCCUCGAAUCACAAGCUGUGAUUGAGAUGGUACAAGAGGCUGGCAGAGUGACUGUCCAAGAUGGGAUGUGUGAGCUCUUGAAGCUGCCCCUCCGUUGUCAUGAGUGCCAGCAGCUGCUGCCUUCCAUUCCUCAGCUGAAAGCGCAUCUCAGGAAGCACUGGCCAAAGUGAUUCUGUGGAGCCUGAACUUCUGCAGCAGGUGUGGCUGAUUGUUUAGACCAAAUUCCUGACACCUGUUUUGGAUUGUGUGUGAACUUUUAUUUCUUGAAUUAAAACAUGCAAUUUUUUUUUUUCCAAA